GGAUUGCUGAAUACGGCCUGCCGUACCCCGCAGUUGCAGAAGGUGGACAUUUAUGAAUGAUUGUACCUACCUAAGUAACGAGCAAGUGUGGGUGUACAGCCAAGUAUUUGCCUAUAGGCGAAAAUGUAUAAAGAUGCAAGCCCCGGGCCCAUCCUGAUGUUACUCAUAGCUUGUUCUAAGCAUCAAUCAUAACCUCAUUUCUCUCUAGGUCGGAAUCCAACAUAGCUCUCACCAACGCUUCUUGUACCUUGCAGCACAAAACACCAAUCACAUCAAAAAAACCUACAAUCAUGAGCUCAUUCAACAUCAAAGCGGGGCCUGGCACUGACAUCUGGCGCAAGCCGCCCACCAAGGACAUUUUUAACGCCCCGACCCACGCACCCGCCGGCACAAAAACCACCGCCCCGCUCUCCACCUUCAAAUCCGCACAGGUGAGCUUCACCUUUACACCGACGGAGCAGUACGACCAGGGCGGCGUAGUGCUGUCGCUCAACCCACCAGAGGGCAGCAACAGCAGCAACAACACCUCCUCCUCGCCCAAGAAGUGGGUCAAAUCGGGCGUGGAGCUGCUGAACGGCACGCCGGUGCUGGGAACGGUGGCGUGCGACACGUGGGCCGACUGGUCGCUAAGCCCGGCGGCCGUCAAGCCCGACGGCAAGACGGUGGACGCGACGAUACUGCUGCAAAAGGAGGGCGACGAGAACGGCGUCAGCCUCUGGGUUUACAGCGUCGAAGCGGACGGGGCCAAAAAGCCACUCAGGGAGGUCUGCUGGGUCUUUGCCGAUGAUAUGCAGAAUUGGGAAGUAAAGGUUGAGGCGUAUGCUGCCAGGCCGGCCAAGGGGACCACGGAGGAGUUGGGGGUUGAGUUUGGCGGGUUGGACGUCACGUGGAGCGAGUGAUUUUGGGCGGACUGGAUUCACUUUGUUCAGGUACUAACUUGCCUAUAUUGUGAAAUAAGGUUGUUCUGGUGGAUGAGAUUUAAGCUUUGGCUGAUAAAUUUGAUAAAUUAAACCAUCUCAUAAAAAGCAAACAAGA